CAAAGCGCGGUUAAUUGAAAUUUGAAAGUGUUGUGUGUUCCGUGUGUUGUUCACUGACUUUUGGAGGUUAUUUUUGCUGAAAUGCAUCGUAACUACUUUUGAAUUACAUCUUCGCUGUAGUACGUACGUUAUCUAAGAAUCCUGCACUAUCUACCAAUAAAGAAAUUAGUGAAAGUGUUUUCCGAAAUGAAAUGUCUGUGUUGUCAAACUUGCAGCAAGUAAUGAGCGAAUUCAUCAUCGUUCAAGUUGGCCAAUGUGGUAAUCAGAUAGGAAACGAAUUCUGGCCACUUGUUCUUCAGGAACAUGGUAUCCAUUGGAAGAAUCAGAAAAUUUCCACACAGAAGCUACAGAAAUCUAAGCAAAUGGAACUAUCAAAAGCACUCCACAGUUUCUUCUCCGUACCCAAAUCUUCAACAGAAUCCACGUACAAAACUGUGACUGACUUGGAGAGAGGAAAGGUAAAAGCAAGGGCUUUAUGCAUUGACAUGGAAGACAGUGUUGUAGCUAAUUACAGAAAUGGGCCAUUGCGCAACAUAUUUGAUAAAGCCUGCUUACUGACAAAUUAUCCUGGCUCGGGAAAUAAUUGGGCUGAAGGAAACUUGUCUCAUGGUAGAAGAUACGCAAGCAAGAUAGAAAACUUGCUUCGGAAGUCAGCAGAAUCUUGCGAUCAGUUGCAUGGUUUCUUGCUCCUUUUCUCAGUUGGAGGUGGCACAGGCUCUGGUCUGGGAUCUUCUCUGCUGCCAUUAUUAUCAGACAUUUUUCCAGAUGUACACAGGUUGGUGACAUGUGUUUAUCCUGCUGGCAAUGAUGAUGUUAUAACAGCUCCUUAUAAUGCUGCUCUAGCCACACAACAAUUGACAGAUCAUGCCGACUGUGUCUUUCCAGUUGGAAAUAAGGCACUGAUUGAUAUAUGCAGCCGCAUGCGCAGAAGUCGAGAUGAGGAAGUGGUUCGUCGAAUUGUCAGAUCCAAACCAUUUCAGGAUAUGAAUCAUAUCAUUGUUCAUAUGCUUCUCAAUUUAACAAGUGGAGCUAGAUUUCCUGGGACUCUCAAUGUUGAUAUGGGUGACAUUCCAACUAAUAUGGUGCCAUUCCCAGGACUGCAUUAUAUUUCCAGUGCUAUUAGUCCCCUGGGGGCACUGUUGAGGAAAGAAGAACUUUUUCCUGCUGUUUGGUCAAGGGACAACCAAUUAAUUAAUGUUGAUCCAGUGUCAGGAGUUACUAUGGCAUCUCUUCUUGUUGCCAGAGGAGCUGUGUCUCUUGUUGAAAUGCGCUCAAAUAUUGACAGGUAUCAGAAGAAGAUUAAAGUUGCCCCAUGGAGUGAGGAUGCAAUUAAAACUGGUCUUUGUUCUGUCCCUCCAGCUUAUUGCCCUUCAUCAGUUUUGGGACUUUAUAACACAUCAUCAAUGACUGAUCUUUUUGAGAACGUAUUAACACAGUUUAAAAAACUCUAUAGCCGAAAGAUCCCAGAUUUAAUAAAGGCAAAUGGCCCAAAUCUUUUACAUAAAAUACAGAAAUUACUUAAUGAGCUGGAGCAAGAGGAGAAUGACAGCAACAUUUAUGACCCGACAAGUGAAGAUGAACCCAAUAACAUUGAAGAGGAUGAUAUUGACCUUACAGAUGAUUAGAGUGAAGAUCGCCAAAUUACAGUCAUUGGUGCAGACCUUCCAAAUUCUGGCAAAAAAUGGAGCGAUACUCUGUUCCGAUCAAGAAAACGAUCCAGGAUUGUUUCUUCAUCUUUCGGUGGCUAGGACUACAUCAUUUGGACUCAAAAGAUCUCUCUGCAGGGUAAGGAUGGACGUCGCUGGUCAUCUUCAGCUCCUAAAAACAAGACAGUGCCUACACCUCAAAAAAAUAUUAUCCAUCAUAUUCAGUCCCCUAUUAGUGGUGCUAGAAAUGCUGCUACACCGUUAGAAAUAUUUUCUUUAUUUGUCACAGAUGACAUGUUACAAUUAAUAGUAAAUCACAUGAAAAAAGAGGUAAUGAGGAAAAUAUCAAAAUCCAAAGAGCACUCAAGAGUACAACUUCCACUGAAGAAUUAAAAACUUUAAGUGGUAUCCUGAUCUUGACAUCAGCUUUGAAGAAUAACUAUUUAUCAACUUGUGAAUUAUUUGACAGUAAUUCAUGUAGCCC